AUGGUGCCGGUGGUCCAAUUGAUCGGCGAAGAGAAUGAGGAAACAAUGAAAGAAAGAGGAAACGACGAGAUAAAUGGGAUAUUCGCCGGCGGUAUCAAACGCCGGUUGGUAUCCUUGCCAGAAGUGCUUACUAUGUUUUCGAAGAUGGGUAAUAAUGAUUGGGGUAGAAGGAGGAAUGUGCAUGGGGAUUCUAGGGUUCAGGAUGGAAGACAUCAUGCAAAAGGUAAUAUGGUGGAUGCUUUUAUAUCCACUAAAUUGUCCAAAAGGGGGAAGCGAUUUGGUUUUGUUAGAUUUUCUAAUGUUCGUAGUGAAGAUCGAAUGAUCAAAUGUCUAUGUGAGGUCUGGUUUGGGACGUAUAAGAUGUUUGCUUCAUCUCCUCAAUUCAAAAAAGAGGACAUUAAUCCACUGCAGAAGAAAAUUGAUCUGAAGUCUAGUGGCAAGAUUGUCCAUAACUCACAGGUCUCGUCUUCUUUAAAUUCUUAUGCAAGCAUUGUUAAAGGAACAGGUGUGGUGAAUGGUAAUAAUGAACAGAUACAAGAGGUUAUUGAAUUAUCUUCUGGAGACUUCAUUGUUGAGAGAUAUGACAGGGCUUGCUUGGUGAAAGCGAUAGAUUUUCUGAUUCUCCCUAAUCUACGUAUGCUCUGUUUAGACGAAGGUUUUGAAGACUUUAAUAUGAAAUAUGUUGGAGGUUUAUGGGUAUUGAUUGAAUUUAAAUCGAUGCAUGCAUGUGAAAAUUUUAUGAGUUCGGAUGUGAUGGACCAUUGGUUACUAGAGAAGCGUGACUAG